AUCGUUGCAUUUUCUUGACCGGUUUGCACGUGUUUAUUUCGCAGCUCCAAGCAAAGUACAAAACAUCCGUCCUGAUCCGGAGAAACAUGAGCCACAAUCAGUAUCACAACAAGCGUUCCGGACGACCGGAUAACCGGCAAAAUAGGGGAGGUCAUCGUGGUCAGUUCAAACAUCGCGGUCAACCUUAUGGCGGAAAGCAGAAGUUCGGAAAUGGGCGCCCAAACAAUCGCGAUCCAAUUGCGUUAUCAAAUCUGAAGGAAGAUGAGGUAUUCAUUACGGAAUAUGUUACCGCUGGCGAAGGGUUCCACGGGAUCUUGAAGUCGAGAUUUUCCGAUUUCCAAGUGAACGAAAUUGACAGCGAUGGAAAGGUGGCCGUUCUCACAGAUCUAGGGCUACCAGCUGCUCCGGUUAGUGAAGAAAAGUCCAAUGUCGAGGUGGAGCAACAGCUAGCGAAGCUAAUCUCGCAGGAGUCUGUCGAUAAGAUUCGGAGUAUAACCGAGUUCAAGGGAAAAUGCACCGAUAUCGUUGAAGUGGACGUAACAGAAAUGUCGAAGGAGGAUCGCGGUACGAUCCACAACAGUGCCAAGACUCUGUUCGGGAAAGCCAUUGUAGGAUCGACUGUGACGAAGGAAGAUAAAAAGUACAUCACAUUUGCUGCGUUCGAUAAGUCGAUGGUAAGGGAUCGGAGGGAGAAAUGGCUUUGGCCUCAUCCGUUCACAUAUUUUAUGCUGUACAAAGAAAAUGUGGACACGAUCCAGGCGACCACUCAGUUGGCCGAAUCGUUGAAAUGUUCUCCUUCGACAUUUGCCUAUGCUGGAACGAAGGAUCGUCGUGCCAAGACUACUCAGUGGAUAAGCGUUAAGCUGUUUGAGCCCAGCAAAAUAGCAGCUGCAGCUGCCAGGAUAAGGCAGCUUUCCGUUGGUAAUUUUUGCUUCAAACCAACAACGCUCAAAUUGGGUCAGUUACGAGGAAACCGGUUCCGCAUAGCAUUACGUCAGGUUUCUGCCGAGGAGGCCGUCAUUCGGAAGUCGCUGGAAAGUUUCCAAGAGAAGGGAUUCAUCAAUUAUUACGGUCUGCAAAGGUUCGGGAAUAGCGCUACGGUGCCAACGUACAAGAUUGGCAUCGAGUUGCUGAAAGGGUGCUGGAAAGAAGCUUGCGAGUUUAUUUUAAUGCCUCGCGAUGGUGACCAUUGGUACAUGAAGUCGUGCCGGCUUGAGUGGGAGAAAACGCACGAUGCCCAAAGUGCGCUGGAUAAGCUCAGCAGCAACAAUAAGAGCAUCGAGCGGCAGAUCCUUGAAUGGUUGGUGUCUCAUAAGAAUGACUACAAAUGUGCCCUGGAGCAGAUACCAAGAAACAUGAGGCUCCUAUAUUACCAUUCGUACCAGAGUCUUAUCUGGAACAGGGUCGCUUCCCGUAGAUUGAAGGAAUUCGGUCACCGUCUCAUUCCAGGCGACCUCGUCUAUGUCGAUAAAGAUGUUGAAGAAGCAGCUGAUGCGAAAAUGGCCGUCAAAGAUGUCGGGCUGGACCUACAAGGCAGUCCAGAAGACGACGAAGAAGAUGGAUCGACUGAAACAUCGGCCUUCAAAAAUCUAGUAAAGCCUCUCACCGAAGCGGACAUUGCAUCUGACCAGUAUACAAUUUUCGACAUUGUUCUGCCACUGCCAGGGCACGACAUUUCAUACCCGGCCAAUGACUGUGGCAAAUGGUACGUGGAAAUAUUGGCCGAAGACGAAUUGUCCUCGGAAAAGCUUAAAGGUAAAUGCAAGAAAGAAUCACUUGGUGGCGCCUAUCGGAAAAUGUUGGUAAAACCGGAAAAUCUCCAGUGGAAGAUGGUCAACUACGAAAACCCAACGGAUGAUCUUAUCGUAUCUGAUUUGGAAGUAUUGAAGGGAAGGAAAGAGCCCGAAGCCAAAGAUGGUGCCAGCAAGAAAGCGCUCAUACUAGACUUCCAGCUACCAAGUUCAGCCUAUGCAACGAUGGCACUACGAGAGAUCCUUAAAGUGGAUACCUCGGCCCUACAUCAGCUAACGUUGCAGCAACAGGAUCAAUCGAAGACUGACCGAACAGAGACCGAAACCAAACCGCAAGAGCAGCAGCCGAUCGAAGCUACUACCGGCACCCAGCCGAUCGAAGUAGAUAAUGGUGCACCACAGCAGGGUACACCUUCUCCAGAAGAUGAAGAACCGGCCGAAAAGAAAGCCAAGCUGGAAUAGAUUAUUUCAGCUGGUGCUUUCCCACGGUGGAAAUGCGGGAUACUGAACCACUUUGUGGACACGAACGGAUCGGGUUAAAUAUGUAUUCACAAAAACCUUGAACGGUUUUUAACAUUUUCAACUUCAGUCUGCGGUCCACAAAUACUAUCGAGGUUUUUUUUUUAUAACAUAACACUACACAAUCACUAAAAUGUAUGAA